GAUGCGAAGAUUGAAGGUAAAAGAAGAAGAACGUCAGCAUCGUUUUCCCCGUCGGUUCCACAACAAAAUAAAAAACCGUGUCUCCGUUUCUAUCGUUGCACAAAGAAGGAUGGAGUGGCGAGCGAGCGAAAUACAAAGCCCUGUGUAUUUCUCCUAUGUAGCGGUGAAUUUCUUAGAAAAGAGGCUUGGACGGGGCCCGAAUUGCCGAAAGUAAAGGAAGAUUUGACUUUUUGCCUGGAUAUUAACGGAACGGCGUUAACCCCGAGGGGCCUGAACGUGGCGGAGAGCGAAGGGUAGAGGGGAACGUGGAAUAUAAAGGAGAGUGCCCCGUGCUACGGGGGCUUAGUACCGUUCAAAGAUGCAGGCUGCCGAGAUGAUGCGCGAUACCAGGGCCAUCUGCUACGAUCUUGUGUUUCUGUUAUCCCUCUCGAUCAGUUAUGCCCAUUCGUUUCCGCUUCAAGUGUUGCCUGCCAUCCAGGGAUACAUUCCGGUUUACAUAAGGUAUGGUAAUCAACCACUCGAGGAGAUAAAUCCAAAGUUAGCCGAGGCGUUUCACGAAGGAUCGAGCGUACACUACGCUUACUCGCCGAUGAAUAAUUUGAAUAAGAAACUUGAUUUAGAUCUUCCCAAAGAUGAGAACGAUGAGAAAUUAAUAGAGGAGGAUUUGGAAAGGAAAUCUGCCGCGAAUGUGAUCAGAGAGGUUCAAGAAACGUGGAAAGUCGAUCAAUUAAUCGAGGAAGGGAAGAAUGUCCAAGAGAAGCAGAAAAGUGGCGUUAAAGGAGACGGGAUGAAAAGUCCAAAUAAUAUACAAGAUCCGAAUUUCCAUCUCGCCGAAUCGUCGUCCAUGGAUAAAUUUCGUUACAAGAACGAUCAAACUUUUACCUCGAAUGUCGAUCAAAUGAUCGCUCAAGAAUCGGUUCAAUCAGAUCAACGUCGUGCCGAGGACAGUACAUCCGACUCUUGACCCUGAAUGGAUCCAAUUGUGGAGUUUGCUCGAAGGAAAAAAAUAUAUAUAUUUUUUUUUUCAAUUCUAAGUAGAUCCUUCUAGCAGGAAACAUUUAGAAAAAGUUGCGAAAAUGAAAUAUUUAUAAGAGAGAUCAAAAUUGAAAAGGCCAUUCAUAGUGAUUUAUUUAUUUAUAGAAAAACGAAGAAGUAGUGAAUAGAAUUUUGUGAUAAAAUAUCUCUAAUGGAUUUUAAUUUUAAUUGUUUAUUAUCAAAUGUUAUUAACGAAUUGAAUUUAUAUAUGUAUAUUAUUGUAUAUGGUUGAUUAACGUGAAUCAUGUAUGAUUCGUAUCGUAUGCUCAAAUGAAAAUAAAAUAUUUCAAAGAUAGGAUACGAAAAAAAUAAAUGGUAUUGCAAUAUUCGAA